AUGCAUUAUGGUUAUGAUGUUUCGUGCGCUAGUGAUGAAGAUGAGUUGUUGAACACACAAUGUCCCCGGCAUUUGGAACUUAGAUGGCAGACUGAAGUGAGUUCUAGCGUAUACGCGUCACCUUUGAUUGCUGAUAUUAACAGUGAUGGAAAGCUUGAAGUUGUCGUUCCUUCUUUUGUGCAUUACUUGGAAGUCUUAGAAGGCUCUGAUGGGGAUAAACUGCCAGGAUGGCCGGCUUUUCAUCAGUCAACGGUUCACUCUAGUCCUCUUCUAUAUGAUAUUGACAAGGACGGCGUUAGGGAAAUUGCUUUAGCCACAUACAAUGGUGAAGUGCUCUUUUUCAGGGUGUCGGGCUAUACUAUGUCAGACAAAUUGGUGGUUCCGAGGUUGAAAGUUAAAAAGGAUUGGCAUGUUGGCUUGCAUACUGAUCCUGCUGACCGUUCUCAUCUAGAUGUUCAUGAUGACCAGUUAAUCCAGGAGUCUUUUUUGGACUCAUUAGAUCAGCCCAAUGGGAGUAAAUCUACAGCAAAUAUUACGAGUUCCAUAGCAGCUCAUAAUGACUCAUCUCAUUCUGCCCCAGAACGUGACACCUUGAAUAGCACUAUUUCUGCUGAUAUUCAACAUGACAAUCAGCUCAAUGCAUCUCAAGGAGAUACCCAAGGCCAAGGGGAAAGAAACGGAAGUCUACUAGAUCCGGGCGUUAAGCUGCCUCUAAUUACGAAUAACUCUUCUUCGGCUUCUGGAUCUAAGAAAGUUAGCAAUGGGGACAGUGGAAAUUCAGCGAGAAGAAAGCUUCUAGAAGAUAACGACCCAAAAGUCCAUGAGGAUGCCCAUACUGCAACAGUGGAAAAUGAGGGUGGUCUAGAAGCAGAUGCUGACUCAUCAUUUGAGUUGCUUAGGGACAGUGAUGAACUGGGGGAUGAGUAUAACUAUGAUUACGAUGACUAUAUUGAUGAUUCCAUGUGGGGGGACGAGGAGUGGACUGAAGCACAACAUGAGAAACUGGAAGAUUAUGUUAAUAUAGAUGCACACAUUUUGUGCACUCCAGUAAUAGCAGACAUUGAUAAGGAUGGUGUCUUCGAGAUGAUUGUUGCUGUUUCCUACUUCUUUGAUCGAGAGUAUUAUGACAAUCCAGAGCAUAUGAAGGAACUUGCUGGUAUUGAUAUUGGAAAAUAUAUAGCUGGUGGCAUUGUUGUCUUCAACCUUGACACAAAGCAAGUGAAGUGGAGUGUUCAGCUGGAUCUGAGCUCUGAUAAUGCAAAUUUCCGUGCCUACAUAUACUCUUCUCCUAGCGUUGUUGAUUUGGACGGUGAUGGGAACUUGGACAUUCUUGUUGGCACUUCUUUUGGCUUGUUUUAUGUUAUAGACCACAGAGGAAAAGUUAGAGAGAAAUUCCCCCUUGAGAUGGCUGAAAUCCAAGGAGCAGUAAUUGCAGCCGAUAUAAAUGAUGACGGGAAAAUCGAAUUAGUGACUACUGAUUCCCAUGGUAAUGUUGCUGCCUGGACUCCACAGGGAAAAGAGAUUUGGGAAACGCAUGUUAAGAGCCUCGUUCCUCAGGGUCCCAGCAUUGGAGAUGUAGAUGGUGAUGGCCACACUGAUGUUGUUGUCCCAACAGUAUCUGGAAACAUAUACGUUCUUAGUGGCAAGGAUGGAUCAAUCGUGCGGCCCUAUCCAUACAGAACGCACGGUAGAGUAAUGAAUCAAGUACUCCUAGUUGACUUGAAAAGGCGUGGGGAAAAGCAAAAAGGACUCACUAUAGUCACAACAUCAUUCGAUGGGUAUCUAUACCUCAUAGAUGGGCCCACGUCCUGUGCGGAUGUUGUGGAUAUUGGAGAAACAUCAUAUAGCAUGGUCUUGGCCGACAAUGUAGAUGGUGGGGAUGAUCUCGAUCUUAUAGUUACCACCAUGAACGGCAACGUGUUUUGCUUCUCUACUCCUGUGCCACAUCAUCCUCUGAAAGCUUGGAGGUCACCUAAUCAAGGUAGGAAUAAUGCAGCACCCCGGUAUAAUCGCCAGGGGAUUUACGUCACGCCAUCAUCACGUGCCUUCCGAGAUGAAGAAGGGAAGAACUUUUGGGUUGAAGUGGAGAUCGUGGACAGAUAUAGAUUCCCGUCUGGCUCCCAAGCACCUUAUAAUGUCACGGUGAGCUUAUUAGUUCCUGGUAACUACCUUGGAAACAGAACACUCAAGCAGAACCAAAUAUUUGAUCGACCUGGGAAGCAUCGGAUUAAACUUCCUACGGUGGGGGUAAGGACUACCGGGUCUGUACUGGUUGAGAUGAUCGACAAGAAUGGGAUCUAUUUUUACGAUGAUUUCUCGCUCACGUUCCACAUGUAUUACUACAAGCUGUUGAAAUGGCUCGUUGUACUCCCAAUGCUAGGAAUGUUUGGCAUUCUUGUCAUUUUGCGGCCCCAAGAAGGCAUGCCUUUGCCUUCAUUUUCACGCAACACUGACUUGUGA